AUGCCCACCCACCACCUCACCCCCAUCCACAGCCUCACUCCCACUUGCAGCCUCACCCCCACUUGCAGCCUCACCCCCACCCACAGCCUCACCACCACCUCCGCCCACCACCUCACCCCCACCCACAGCCUCACUCCCACUUGCAGCCUCACCCCCACUUGCAGCCUCACCCCCACCCACAGCCUCACCAACACCUCCGCCCACCACCUCACCCCCAACCACAACCUCACCCCCACCCACAGCCUCACCCCCACCCACAGCCUCACCAACACCUCCGCCCACAGCCUCACCCCCACUUGCAGCCUCACCAACACCUCCACCCACAGCCUCACCCCCACAGCCUCAACCCCACUUGCAGCCUCACCCCCACUUGCAGCCUCACCAACACCUCCACUUGCAGCCUCACCAACACCUCCACCCACCACCUCACCCCCACCCACAGCCUCACCCCCACUUGCAGCCUCACUAACACCUCCACCCACAGCCUCACCCCCACACCACCACAGCCGCACCACCCCACACUGUAAGUCUAGACCUCAGCAUGCCUCCCACCCACCUCACCCCAACCCCUAG